AUGGGUGAUCAAGAAGUGAAGUUGUUUGGUUUAUGGGCAAGCCCUUAUAGCAAAAGGGUUGAAAUUGCACUGAAAAUCAAGGGAAUCAAGUACGAAUAUUUUGAAGAAAAUUUGUCCAACAAGAGUUCUGAGCUUCUCAAGUACAACCCUGUUCAUAAGAAGCUCCCUGUACUUCUACACAAUGGGAAGCCAGUCUGCGAGUCUCUUGUUAUUCUUGAGUACAUAGACGAGACCUGGAAAUCUGAACAUUCUUUACUGCCCGAAGAUCCUUAUGCCAGAGCCAUGGCACGUUUCUGGGCGAAAUGCAUCGAGGAUAAGUGCACAGCUGCUAUGAGGAGUAUCUGGAGGAGCUCGGAGGGACAAGAUAAAGUCAUUGAAGAACUUACAGUACAUUUGAAAACACUUGAAAAUGAGCUCAAAGGCAAGAAGUUUUUUGGUGGAGAUGAAAUCGGAUUGGUUGACAUUACUGCUAAUCUGAUGGCACUUUGGCUUGGUGUAUUACUGGAGUUAAAGGGGAUAGAAUUGCUUACAAAAGAGAAGCUCCCUAGAUUAUGUGAAUGGAUCGAUGAUUACCUUAAUCAUCAAAUUAUUAAGGAGACUUUGCCUGAUAGGGAAAACUUGAGAGAGUAUAUGUCGAAUCUACUUAAAGGUUAAAUUUCAAUUUAAACUUACGUAAAAAAAAAAAAAAAAAAGGUGAGCUAGUUUUAUUCAUUCAUCAUCUCAGCAUGUAGCAGAGUAUCAGUUUCGUAUGAUUUUUAAAUAAAAUUUGGUGUCUGUUUGAUGUUUCACUUUAGAAUACAUUGCUAUCAAAUAAUGAACAAUCUCAAGUUA